AGCUGAUACGACAAUCUUGAACAAACUAGACGGAAAUUUCUACCCCCUUCUCCCCACAUCGCGCCAUUUUUCCCAGCUGUGAUUUGGCAUUCCCGCGGCUCUUGAUUGCCGUACGUUGGCGGAAGUCAUCAAACGCACUUGAUCACAGUCACGUGUCACCUCUCACGGAGAAAGGAACACGCACGUAAUCAAGAUGGCGCUCGCGAGAGCUUCACGCGCAAUUUAUGACUUUUAACAUUUUGUUCUUUGACAAUGGAAAGUUGACACAGAAGGCCUGAGGAUUCUGUCAAGGUAGUCAGGUAAAAAUUAUAUUGUUUUUUGUUAAGAAAAUAUAACCGAAAAUGUGUAACCUGUGGGAAAUCACGGAGUACUACUGAACUACUCUUUGUUUAGCUGAAUGUUUUUUACAAAAAAUUUGAAAAAUAAAGCUUUUUAGUGCCUGAUCAGGGAAUAAGAUAAAUUCAAUUGUUGCUUGACUAAGUCCAUGGUUUUAAGUAAAUGUAGGCUCGAGCCUGGUAAUAAUUUUCUAUACUUUUUUUUUCUAUGUGAAUGUAGGGUGAUGCUUCAUCAAUAGCAUAUUUAGACUAGUGCAUAGGUGUUAUUUUAUUAAGAUAAUAGUGUAUUCAAAACAGCUGACAAACUUAAGAAGCUGUGCCUUUAGCGAAAUGUUAUUUUAAAGCAUGAUAAUGUGACACGUUGUUAAAACAAUACUAUUAUGCAAAAUAAUGCAUGAAAAUUAUGAUCUCGAUCAGAGUGUAAUUUACCAAUUUAUAGUUUUCCAGAAAGAGGCCCUGCCAGGGGGGGGUCCCAUUUCACCCGUCUAAAUUUUAAAACGUCUCGUGUCAGUGGUUAUAAAUGCUUGUCGCUUAUUGUUGGCUUUGCCGUCACUGUCACAAUUUGGCCGAGGGAGGUUGUCUCUUGUCGCGAUUUCAUUUUACGCGCUGUCGCUACUUUUUGGGCCAUGUCGGUUGUCGGAAUUUACCCUGGCAGGGCCUCCAGAAACAUGUGGAAGAAUAGCCAUGGCAUCCUUUGCCUGAAAGAAGCGCAAGACAGCCUGCCAAGCAAGCUGGUUCUUUACGGAGCACCGAAUCCAAAACACAAAAGUAUAGGCGCGUCAAUUCUUAGACACUGUGCAAUAUCGAAACCAUUACUUUCAAGUUCACAAGAGUCAGUGGUGCUCUAUUGUUUUAUUAUGCAAAUGUUAAAGUAAGUGAUGUGCAAGGCAAUAACAAAUGCUGCGUGCACCAUAAUUCAUUGACUUGAUGAUCACUGAUGACAGGAUAAUUGUCACUUAGCCAAUGGUAAAUUGCUUUUUUGGAGAAAUCAAGUUCCAUUUUCUUCCAUAGUUGAUAGAUGUCUAGAGACCGUCUGUUAUCUCAGUUAUCCACCCCCACCCUAUUGUGUGCUAGCAGUCACUCUGUGAUCUUGAACAAGAAAAUAAGAGGUCUGUGAACAGGCUAGCUAUUUCGUAUUAUGGAACCAAUGAAGAGUAUACAGCUGAAGUUUCAUUUGUUUGUUUGUCUGUCUGUCUGUCCAUUAGACUGCAAAACAGCCCAUAUUUUUGUGUUCAAGUACGCAUGAAAAGCGAAACAAAAGGUCUGGAGUGAGGCUGGAAACGGAAAGCGAGACUGGGGAGAGACACUAAAACUACAGACUGGCUGUUUUCCAUACGUUAUAUUCGUUUGAAUGACCCGCUUUUUUCUCUCUCCUCACACUCCCUUUGGGCAUGGGAGGCUCGCACGCUUGGCGCGCAUGAGGCUCUUACGCUGCACUAAACCAAUUUUGAGGUAAAAAACCAACUGUUUUGCAGUCUAUCCGUUCGUCUGUCCAGUGAUUCAUCCAUCUAUCCAUCCAUUGUAUUACUUAAGGUUUCACUGUCUUUUAUUUGUUUUUAGUAAUGUGGAUCACUUGGUUUAAACCUCAGCUUCCUGACUCCUGCAACCUGAGUGAAAAAUUUAACAUGUAAUAUUUUUCUACUAGUAUUAAGGACAAAAUUGGUACUGGUGACUACAAGAGUUAAUUAAUGAUAAAUUGAACACAAUUUUUGCAGUAGAAUGAACAACCCAAGAAAUUAAAAAAGAACCUGAAAAAAAAUCAGGCUUGACCAGCAGGAAUUGAGAGUUUAAUUACAGUGCAUAAAUAGAUUAAUAAUGUAUGAUAUUUUGUUGAUGCAUGUCAAAAUAUCACUUCAUUGCUGAAAUAGCUACAGUGUGUACCAGAGGUUUUUAUAUCUGAAACACAUCUUAUAUAGUUUCUGUUAUCCUUUCUUUUUUCUCUAGUUUUUCCUGUUGCUGCAAAUUCAACACUUGAAGGCCCAGUUGUAGGAUAAUGAUGGGAAGAGGCUGUUGGCCUUUAACUGUGGAACCAGUUAUAUUUCUUACCUUUUUUUCAACAACCCUAGUUGAUGUGAUAACACAAAAGUAUAUCUACACAACACUUACACAUAAGGCAGAUACAAGUGAAGAAGGGUUUUGUGAGAAACUGAACUGCUACAACAGUUCAGACUUAGAACAUGUUGGACGUGGGAUUCUGUGCUCAUCAUCCACAGAUUAUUGGCUGCUUUUUAUAAAUUUGGCAUCCCUUCUUCUAGCAAUACCAUCAACAAUAAUUUUUGGAACAUGGAGUGAAACAGAAGGACGUAAAAUUGUGCUUGUUGCCUCUCUGUUAGGCAUUGCAUUACGUGUGGCUCUAGUUUUUAUCAUCAUUCACUUUCAGGAGCCACUUUAUUUUUUUGUAAUUGUGAGUCUAAUGACAAGUGCACUGGGCUAUAGCACCAGUCUAAUGUCAUCUUGUAUGGCUUAUGUUGCUGACAUUACAAGCAGAGGACAAAGAACCUUCAGAAUACUUUUCCUGGACAGUGCUGCUGGUAUUGGAAUUGGCUUAGCCUACUUUGUUUGUGGUUUCUACUUAGAACGUAUUUGGUUUUAUCAUUUGCUCUGGCUUGGUAUAGCUGCCUGCAUCACGAAUAUUAUAUACAUUGUGUUUUACUUGGAGGAAAGCCUUCUCCUUCCUGGUUUUUAUGGGUCAAGUACAAUAUUUAGUUGUCAGGACUUUCUCGAAAUUUGCAGAGUAUUUACACAUGAGCCUGGAAAUGGACGUAGGUGGCGCUUACUUACCUAUGUCGCUUCCUUUGUAGUUGCAGGAAUAAUUUUUAUAGGAACAAACAGUCUAUUAAUUUUACAUGCCCAAACUUCACUUUGUUUUUCAAUGGUUUUGACUGGCUAUUUAGGUGGAGCUCUUUGUUUACGCUAUAUAUCAAGUUUGGUCAGUGUCAAACUGUUUCAAAGUGUUCUAAAAGCUUCAAAUAAUUGGAUCAUUGAGGCUGGACUAGUGUCUUUAUUCGCUGGCUUGAUUUUAGCCUCAUUAAACACUUCAGCUCGCUUAACUUUUAAUGGUAAGUUCAAACUGCUAUUAAUUUUUUUUCACAUUUUAACUUAACAUAACAGUUUUUGGUCAACUCCUUUGUCAGGGGGUGGAUCUAGGGGGAGGGUGCAGGGGGUGCACACCCUCCCCUGAGAUGACCUGCGGUUUUCCAAUACAAGUGGUAUUCUGCAAAGUAGAGCAAGAGACAAGUGCACCCCCUCCUAGAAAAAAUCCUGGAUCCACCCCUGUUUGUAUUGACCUGCAGUCAAGAUGAAGAAAAAUAAUUUAAUAUGCUUAUGACACAUUUUGACUUUAACCCUUUAAGUCCCAAUAGUGCUCAAAAUCAAUUUUCUCCUAACGAUAUCCAUAGACUAUCAUGAGCAAAGUCUAUGAGAAUUAACAAAAUGAUCACAAAGAGAAAAAUAUUGAUAUUUUACCAAAUUCUCUCUACUAAUUCUUCAAGGAAAUGUAUGGAGAUCAGUUUGGAGAAUUUGUAUGUGGAUAUUGGGACUUAAAGGGUUAAAUUCAAUGAGAGGGUCAUAAGACCUAAGGAGUGCACCCACCCCACCCCUUGCUAAAAAAUAGGUUCAUGAAGACACACUGGACUCUUAGAGCAUUCUGGGGGAAGAAAUUAAAGCUCUUUUUGUGAAAAAAAAGAUUUUAAGGCAUGUUUUGGAACGUAAAAGCAUUGCCAGCACUAAUCAGGUCACAAUUGGGAACAAAUACAUCAAAGUUAGGACUUAAGGUACUUUAGCCCUUGAUUAAACUACUUAAGUAAAGGGACGUACUAGACACUUUGUUGUAAGGUUAAUUCUCAAUUUGAACACUCAACGGUGAGGGUAACGAAAAAGAGGAAAUCCAAACAAGAAGGUGUGAGAAGACUGUAGUUGAAAGGAUAAGGGAACGUGGUGAUGAAAAAAAAUAAUAAUGAAAGAAUUGCCAUUAUAAAAUUUAUUUUAUACUCUUCUAUUUUUUCUUUAUUCUCAGUGCCUGCCCUUCAGUUAUUGGGUGUCUUACCUCAAUCAGUUAUGAAAGCUACUUUAUCUAAGCUAGUUGAACCUCAGGAACAAGGUAAUAACCAACUCGAAAUAAAGUAAGAUGCUCCUACAUAAUGAAUUAUAAUUGUACUAGUAGGCUUACCCUGUUUACUUGCAUAGGCCCCGUCACUGAUAAGGCGCCUAAGUCCCGAUGCAAUCAAAAUCAAAAGACGUUUCUGGUAGUUACUGCAAAUAAUAUAAUAGUGAUGUUAACAAUUCUUUGUCGCAUCCAACUUUCAAAUAAAUGCUGCCCUCGAAUAAGCACCACAUUAGAUGCAUGAAAAAUUUAAUAAGUGCUGCAGCACUUAUUUGAGGAAAUAUGGUAUACCCAGGGGGAGGCUUACAAAAUGACACAAUUAAUAAUAAAAAGCAAUUUUAAACCAAUAGCAAAAGGUACCUCAUUUUAUCUACAGUGAAAAAUUCAAAUGCAACUGGAGCAUAUAGCUAGAUAUGUACAGAUAAGGUGCCUUUAAUCAAGAGGGCUAUAUUUGUGAGCAGGGGCCUCUGGGUUUUACGUUAGUUUAGCUUUUUUACAUAUUUUUUUCCAUGGCAAUUCAUUGAGUUGCACAUUAAGCAAGUUGGCUGGAUAUAUAUUGAGCUAAUAUUUUAUUUUUUCCUUACAUUUUCAUGAAAAUGACUUACACAUGGUGCAUUAAAACUUGUAACUAACAUGUAAAUUUUACCUAAUUUUCCAGGUAUCCUGUUUGCAAUUUUAGCUUGUUUGGAGAGUGCAUCAAAUGUCUUUGGAGUGUUUGUUUUCAGGCGCUUAUAUGAUAUCAUGCCACUUUCUCGUUUGUCGUUUGUCAUUGGGGCUCUUUUACUGAUUGUUCCUGUUGUACUUGUUGGGUAAGUGUUAGUUAUGAUGUAAAGACCAUGUUGUCAAGCUGCAUUCCCCCACAUAUAAACUUUGGCUCAGUUGCUUAAAGGCUGGAUAGCACUAUCCCCGCAAUAAAUAACAAGAACCCUCUUAUUGUUGGCGUUAAGUCUCACUUGCUUUGAGAUUAGAUGAGAAAUGAGGAGGCAAUUAAUUCUAGACAAGACAGGGCUAUUUAUAAUUACACUAAAAAAGGUUUUUUAACACAUCCUACUUUAAAAUAAACCGCAUGCCAAGACUCAUUUGCAUUCUUCAGGAUAUUUGCUAAUGAAGAUUAAAGUUAUCAACUCAUGGACCAACCUGUUCCGGAAAAGCUCUAAAUUGCAUUUAUUAAUCUUUACUAAGCUUUAUACAACACAUGCGUGGCUUUGGUCUUGCAAUGAUUCUUAUUCCCAGUUUCCACGGUCUCCGCUAGGAACGCCUGGGACCCCAACCACCCUUUUGUGUCCUGAAUACGAAGAAAAGUCUCACAGCUUACUCAAGUGAGACUAAAUGUUACUAUCCAGAGGAUAAAUCUUAGGGAACACACAUGCCCCAUCUGUUGGAUAGAGAUCAGAUUUAUCUGGUGGAUAGUGUUAUCCACCUUUUGAAUGGCUAGACCCUUUAAUGUAAGGAUAUCCCAGUUUGGUUUGAAAAUGGUGUAACAGUAUAUAUGUACAUAGCAGUGAUUUUGUUACAAAUAGUUGUGGUGAGUCCUGGGAUCGACCCAUCUUGUGAAAAAUCAUGAGUCCCAGUCCAGAACCAAUGAGUCUCAGUUAAAAAAAAAAAAUGAGUUCCUGGGUCUUUUGUAACCACACAUUUACUCUGAGGACAGACUCCAAAACUCUUUAUUACAGUUUACUGAAAUAAAAAUAUACUGCUUCUAUUGCAAAGCACAACCAAGACUAAAAGAAAUAGGCGUUGUUCAACGACAGCCACAGACAACACACUAACAGGAUAUUCUACAAAAACAUCUUCAGAUCAAUCAAUCGAUCUUUGCAUCCUGUGGGAUGCAUACCAUAAAUUAUUUUGUGUCUUUGGGAUUUUUAUUUAUUAGGGACGCAAGUCACUGCAGUAGUCUCCGCAUCCAAUGUAUAAACUGUAUAAUAAUAUUUAUUGUUUUUUACCGUUUGCUCUUUCAGGUUUGUUCAGAAAAAUGAGAGUCCCACUACAGAAAUUCUUCUUUUUUCUAACGAGAGGUCUUCAGAGUCUGAUUUUGGGCGGCAGUGCACCAUAAGCAGCAGAGCUAAUCACUUUCCUGUGUUGAACUCAGUAGAUCUUAAUGGUUAUGAUUAUAUUCCUAGUGGUGAAAUGUAAAUUGACAAGAGUUAUGCCGCCUAGGCAGUUUUAGUUAGGGGUGAAGUGGGGAGGGGGCUGGGGGUGUGUUGAGGCCUGUAGAGUUCAUUCAGAUUGCAGUGCAUAGGUUACAGAUGGCAUUUAAGGGUCAGAUUUGGGGAACAGGUGAGAAAUUCUUCAAAUUUUUCCCUUUCAAAAUCAAGGAUGGCAGCUGCAUAAAUGCUGAGUGUUCACAAAUAUACAUACAGCACAGGCUGAGUACAGGGCUCAAACACACACCUUUCUAUGCCCAUUUGGUUAACUGUGGCAUCUUUGGCUGUUACUUUGUUUAGUUUUUUAAGCAAACAAAAAUAACUGUUAUUUUAAUGAUGACUGGGCAGUGCUAACACUGAUUAAACAAAAAUUUAUUUUUUACUCUUUUUAAGGGAAAUGCUGUAAGAAAUUGUGUAUGCUGUUUAUUAGCUAAAAUAAUAAGAUUUUUAUUAUUUGAGUUUCUACCAAGUUGCAUGUCUGUGAAGCUCUUAAUGCUGCAGCAAAAAACGAAUUUUAUUUAUUUGAAGGUUUUAGCUACUAGAGGGAGUAAGAGAUUUUCGUACAAGCAUCACCCGAAACCAAGGGAAAACAAAGGAAAAAAAUCUGAACCAAAAAUAAAAAUGGACCAAGUGUUUUCCCCUUGUUCCAUGCUUGUCAACUACAAAUGUAAGUGGUCACCUUGGGAAAAGUGACAGCUUAAAACAAGUUUAUUGUUGGAUACAGGCUUAGCCUGCAAGCAAGCUCUCCUAUUGGGGCAAGCGAAGCAAGCCUUGCGAGAACGUGCGAUCGAUGCCCCUUGUGGCUUGGCCGCUCGCUCGAGCAUUCUCGCGAGACUCGCUUCACUCGCCCAAAUAGGAAAGCUUGCUCGCAGGCUAAUACAGGCUCAAACAGACUAAAAGUUCAUCAUUGAAAAUAUUAAUAAACUCUUUCACUCUUUAUGGUAACAUGAUUUGCCAUUAAAUUAGCUUUUAAAUCUUUGGAUGAAAUCCUAUGAUGUCUCCAUUCAAUUGAAACUUCUCUGGCAGAUCUCUUACAUAAUACUAUUUAUUCUUAUUUAUACCUUUUUUGGAAAUUUUUACUUCGGUGACCUUUAGGAGUGAAAAGUUUAGGAUGGUAACAAGGAGUGGUAUUUCAGUUGUGAUUUUAUAAAUUAAUAUUCAAGGGUUUUCUAUUUUUCUUUUGCCAAAUGGAAAUCAAAGACAUAACUGAUCUUGACAGGCCAAACAAUUGUAGUCAGAGCACUGGUCAACCUUGUUCCCAGGGUUCUCUCCUACCCGUCCCAUCUGAGAGAGAUGGGUAGGAGAGAGAACCUGGGAACAAGGUUCAGCAGUGGUAUGGUUACCUCAUAACAAAGUGACCAAUAAUUAAUAGGUAUAGGAGAUGAUAAUUAUUAUCAUAAAAUAACGUGAUAUCCCUUAUGCCUUGUCUGUUUCAGAUAUGAAGCUCUAAGAACAUUGUUUACUUUGUACAUGUAUUUCCUUCAUGAACUGUUUAAAAAAUGGGGAUUACUUUGAUUGCCUUCGUAUUCAUGUUUAAACGAACUUGUUAUUAGAUGCGCACAGAUGUGGUGCAAAUUUUUUUCCCUUUGCUUUUGGGUAUGGUAAUGUAGGAUUAUUGAGAAACAGGAAGAUAAAAUAACAACCAAGGAUAAGAUUAAACCACAUCAUACGCCAAUGAAGAUGUUACAACUUAUUAUUAGAAAUUCCAUUAUGUACUGCUAGUUUCCCGACGUUUUCUUUAAUAAAAAAGAUCUAGUCCGCUAGGUGUGGUACGGGGAUACAGUAACGUAUAAGGGCCUGUUUACAUGGAGGUGGGGGACCCUAGGUAGG